AGCUUGGGAGGGUCCUGCCUGGAGAUUUCCCGAGGGCUCGGGGACUCAUCCUUCCUGUCAUGCUUAAGCCUGGACCAAGUGGCCCCUACGGUGUGGGGCCCCUUCGCUAGGACAGCCGGCAAGGGGCCUUCCUUUACCCCUGGAGAGCGACGCUGACCAUCUGUCCUCCAGCCUCAGUCAAGCGGCUAGGGCUCCCCUUGCGUGCUGUACAAGUCGGAUUCUUGCAAAACUGCUCUCGUAGAAAAACUUAGCAGUUUCCGUUUUUAUAAAUUAAUCAAAUCUAGCACCAGAUUUUGCCACAGGCUGAUUUUGGGACCGGGACUCCUGUCGUUGCUGUGGAUAGCUGGUUAGGAGAUUUGAAAAUUGUACCGGAAAACGCCAGAAUGGAGGUAUCAAUGCCCCUGCCUCAGAUAUAUGUAGAAAAAACCCUAGCCCUUAUCAAGCCAGAUGUUGUUGACAAAGAAGAGGAGAUACAGGAUAUUAUUCUGGGAUCUGGAUUCACCAUUAUUCAGAGACGGAAACUACACCUGAGCCCCGAGCACUGUAGUAACUUUUAUGUGGAGCAGUAUGGGAAAAUGUUUUUCCCAAACUUAACAGCUUAUAUGAGCUCUGGACCUCUUGUUGCUAUGAUAUUAGCUAGACAUAACGCCAUCUCUUACUGGAAAGAACUUAUGGGACCAAGUAACAGUUUAGUAGCCAAGGAGACACACCCAGACAGCUUAAGGGCGAUAUACGGUACAGACGAGCUCAGGAACGCACUUCAUGGGAGCAAUGACUUCGCUGCCUCAGAGCGAGAGAUCAGGUUCAUGUUUCCAGAUGUGAUUAUUGAACCCAUUCCAAUUGGACAAGCCGCUAAGGACUACCUAAACUUGUACGUAGCACCAACCCUACUUCAAGGACUCACAGAGCUUUGUAAGCAAAAGCCACCAGACCCUUACAUCUGGCUCGCUGAUUGGCUGAUGAAAAAUAAUCCCAACAAACCUAAACUUUGUCAUUUCCCAGUGACAGAAGAGCCUUAGUUUGCUUCUCAGAGCGAGAGCCAAGUUACCUUACUGUAAGGAGCCGCUCACCAUGUUCUUUACAUUAAAAGCAUA